GCAAACAUGGCAGACACCGAGUCGGACUCUUCUCCACCUAAUGAACAAAUUUUUAAACCUAUUACGCCAGGGUCGCCAGGUCCUAGAGUUGUGACAAUUUACAAAACUGAAACGGGAUUUGGGUUCAAUGUUCGUGGACAAGUUUGUGAAGGAGGACAGCUUAGAAGUAUUAAUGGCGAAUUGUAUGCCCCACUUCAACAUGUCAGUGCAGUGCUUGAAGGAGGAGCUGCAGAAAAAGCUGGAAUUAGAAAGGGAGACAGGAUUCUUGAGGUGAACCAUGUAAGUGUCGAGGGAGCUACUCACAAGCAGGUCGUUGACCUUAUCAAGUCAGGAGGGGACGUGCUUACGUUAACUGUUAUAUCCGUCACACCUCAGGAAGCAGAGAGGCUAGAACCAAGUGAGGACCAAUCAAGCUACAACUAUAUUGACUACACUGACAAACGCUCGCUGCCAAUCUCAAUACCUGAUUACCACUGCAUAGACAAGGCCGGCGAGAGAUAUGUGGUAUUUAACAUUUACAUGGCUGGAAGACAUCUGUGCUCCAGAAGAUAUAGAGAGUUUUCCAACCUUCACAUGAAUCUGAAAAAAGAAUUCAUUGGAUUUAGCUUUCCUAAACUACCAGGAAAAUGGCCAUUUACGUUGAGCGAACAACAACUGGACAGCCGCAGGAGAGGUUUGGAGCAGUACCUGGAGAAGGUGUGUGCUGUCAGAGUCAUUGCAGAGUCGGACAUCAUGCAGGAGUUCCUCACAGACACUGACGACCAACAGGGUCACAUAACUCCUGUGGAUCUUAAAAUCUUGUUGCCUGACCGUGAAAUCGUCACUGUUACUGCCCGCAAGAACUCGACAGCAGACCAAGUCUAUGCAAGUGUUGUUGAGAAGAUCCGCAUGAGUAAGAACACUGCGCUAUACUUCUACCUGUUUGAAAUUGUUGAAUACAAUUUUGAAAGAAAACUGCAGCCCAUCGAGCUGCCCCAUCACCUAUACAUACAGAACUACAGCACUGCCAGUGCGACGUGUCUGUGUGUGAGGAAACAUCUGUUCUCUCUCAAGGCAGAACUGUCGCUGACCAAUGAUGAACUGGCGAUGACGUAUAUAUUCUGGUCAGCUGUGGACGCAGUAGACCGAGGUCACAUCCGUGCGGACGACAGGCUUUAUCAGCUCAAGGCUCUGCAGGACGCCUCCCGCAAACAUGAGUAUUUAGCGCUGGCCAGAGAGUUGCCUGGCUACGGGGAGGUAGUGUUCCCUCACUGCGGUUGUGAUUCUCGCAAGGACGGCCACGUUAUAGCCUCUGUCGGCUUCAACAGCUUCAAACUACUUGCUUGCCAAAAUGACGGAACCCUCGAGAGCCAAGUAGUGGAGUUCUCGUGGUCUCAUAUCAAACAGUGGCAAGUAGAUAAGGAAGGAAUGGUGUUCUGCUUCCAAUACCAGAGAAACAACAACCCUAACCCAAGAUGGGUGAAAAUUUUCUCUCCUUAUUACACAUUUCUGGGCGAAUGUUUCGACCGAAUACAUGAGGAGCUCAAGUGGGCCGACACGGGCGAGUGAUGUAGUGACGACCUAGUCCAUUAACUUGACUCUCAGUAUCGAAUUUGUUUCAAUUAGACUAUGUUAUGUGAUAUUACCCUACCAGAUGAGCUCUAGAAUGUUUGUGGCGAACCUACGUUGACAUUCCACUAGAUUGUAAAAUCGUCGUUUAAGUAACAGUUUUUAAAACCUAAAUUGAAAUUCAGUUGCUUGAUUCAUUCUUGGAUUUUUUUACUCAUGAUUGAGUAACCAAAAAUGUGUGUUUUGUGGGCAAUACAGUUCACUGUAAUUAACUUAGCAUAUAUUUAUUUUCGCAAACCAAAUGUCUUGAGUAAUUUGUAUUCGACAUCAAAGAACUGUUACUGAACUGACGCUGUCCUGUUUAAUCUCACCCGUUCCUGCAGAAGCUACAAACACUCUCGGCUCACUUGGAAGUAUGAUCUUGUUUUAUUUUACGAAUUUUAUAAUACUUAUUAGUGUCAGAACGUGUUAUUUUUGUAAUAUAUUUUAUCGUUUGUAAUGUAUUAGUUAUUUAAGUGUGACAAGUGAGUUGGAACAUGAAAGCCAUUGUUUGUAAAUACGAUUCCUAUGUUUUGUUAUUGUAUGCGUGUUGUGUAACUUGUCACUCCAGUAGAACUGCACUCACGUUUUCUCUCACUGUUAUCAUGGUUGCGGCUUGCCCAAAAAGUUUACUUGGACGUCGUUGCUGGUUCUCAUCAUUGUGUUGACAAGACAGUAGAGGCUCGCUAAUAUGGCACAUUCCAGACUUUAGCAUUGCUGGAUUAUUGAAGGAAGUUUUUGCAAGACUAGCAGAAAUACCCCGAAAUAAAGAAUCGACAUCUGCUGAUUGCUACGGAAGUCUGAGUGAUCGCUACAGAAGUUUGAAUGAUCGCUACAGAAUUCUGAACAAUCGCUACAGAAGUCUAAACGAUCGCUACAGAAGUCUGAGUGAUCCUUUUAGAAGUGUGAAUGAUUGCUACAGAAUUGUGAAAAAUCGCUACCGAAGUCCGAACAAUUGCAACAGAAGUCUAAACGGUGGCUACAGAAGUCGAAACGGUCACUACAGAAGUCUAAAUGAUCGCUACAGAAUUCCAAAUGAUUGCUACAGAAUUCCGAGUCAUUGCUAAAGAAGUCCAAACGAUGGCCACCUCAAAGGAUUGCUGAAAGUGCCAGACCAUCGGAUGCUGAACUAGCGGGCUAUUACUGUACUUAAACAUUGUGUAAGUAAGUGCACAAUUUCUCAAUCAGUCACUGUAAAUUUAAAUGACAUUAACAAUUUGGUUUAACAAGAAUAUUGCUUUACUUUUGGAGAAAACUUGUUAUAAGUUUUGGACUUUUGGUAUUUAUUUAAUAUGAACACAUGUUCAACUCCGUCCCCAUGUGUAACUGUUCAUUAUCAGCCGAGUCACCAUAAAGGUUUUUGGGCAAGCCUAACUUAAUCAAAUUUGUUAAUAUACAUAUUAUAUAUGUAGAUAUCUUUGAUCUUUCAACAAAUUAGAUCUACACUGGCAUUAUUAUAGAAGAACAUUAUUGGUAUUUUUAAAUAUAUAAAUCUGUAUACUUUGUUAAUCUGUACAUAAAAUAUAUAUAUAUACAUUGUACCGUUCCCUCAUGUUUAUGUGUCUUAUGGUCUUAAUUCUAAAGCGGUGUUUUCUUGCAUCUUAUUUACCAAGAAAGUAAAUACGUUUUAGUGUUUAUUUAAAUAUUCAGAUAAAUUUAGUUAUUAAAAAUUAUAACUACAAGUUUUGUUAUAAAUAAUUUCCUAUUAAUUCGUUACAUCACAGAACUGAAUUAAAUGUAAUGCAAGAAAACAUUAAAGGAGUAAAGAUAUUUUUUUUAGUAUUAUAAUCGUUAUUGUUUGAAAUGAGGAGUAUUUUGAUUAAGAUUUAAUGGAUUGCCUUGUAUUGCUUAGUUGGAUUGCAGUGGUUAGUAACAUUCAAAUUGGUUGCCAUUUGAUUACAAGUGGCCAUUUAAAACCAGAGGCAAAGGCUGAUUAGGUACAACUGCAAGUAAAGUAAUUAUUGUUUGAGAAAAUAACGUAAAAAUGAGCAGGAAAUGUUGUCUAUUUAUUUUUUAACAUCAGUAUCAUUAACUUAGUAAUCGUGUACAUAAAUUGUCUCUCAAAUUUCAUUAGUAUCAAAUUGGGAUGGUUGAGACCGAUUUAUUUAAAUAUUUUUUUAAUAUUUUAAGAAUUAUUUAUAUCUUAUAAAUAGUGCUGUAUUUGUUGCCAGAACAACUGUAUUAUGCAGGUCGCAGGAUUUUACAAACUUCAAUAUCAUACCAGUUUAUAAUCUAUAACUUUCCAGCAUUUUAUUUUAUUUCACUAUUCUUCUGAUUUCAUGUUUUUACUUCAAAAGUUUUAUCUCAUAUUAAAAUGACCUUAUGACUACUUAUUUUGUUAUCUUAUGAUUAAAAUUUUCUUUUGAAUUAAAAAAAAAUUGAUCGAGGUUUUAAGUGUAUUUUUAAAGUUUUGUAACAUAAAAGGUGUUUUUUCUAACAAUUUUUCCUAAGAUGCACACAAGCUGAGAAAAAAUGUUUUCAAGAAACAUGCUUGCCUAUUUUAAUAUAUAGGAUGUUUUAUUGAUUUUUAUUGUCUAUAUAUAAAUUUGUUGGAUUAUUAUUGUUGGACUAACCUAAAAGACAUUAUGAGCAUUAUGGAGCUUUCCUAACUCCAUAUCAAAUCAAAUCAAAACAUCCUUUAUUCAUUGUGUACAAAAUAUACAUGAAUAGUGUCAAUUCCUAAGAAUACCAACAUAAAAAUAAUAUAAAUAAAUAAGCAUAUUAUGCUGAAACGGAGUUCAGUCUCAAAUACAGCAUUUAUUAUAUACUAUCUCCAAAUUUAUUAACUUCAAAGUUAUUACUAAUAUACUUUUGAAAUUAAGAAUGGAUGGGUUAUGGCUGUCUGAAUUUGUUCUAAUAUCAAUAUCUAAUGUUAUUUCUGUGCACGUAAUACAACUUGCACAUUGUGCAUUUGCUUAAAAGAAUUAAGAAGUAUAUUUAUAGUUAGUAUGUAUACGUUUCCCAAUCAAAAUUUUUUAAAUAAUUAGUUUGUAAAAUAAGUGUAGCAGACAACUAUAUUAUUUUGGUAGUAUGGGAUCUGUUUGUAUUUUCAUUGCUUCAUUUUCCCUUAAUAUUUUAUUUAAUUAAUAUCAUGUUAUUGUUUUAUCAUUGUACCAUGAUUAGCCUAUACUUUCUAUAAAUAAUUAAUUGAUUAUCUUGAAAUAAAAUGUAUUAUAUAUUUGAUAUAUAUCAUGAUUACGACACAUUAGAAUAAUCUAGUUAAACAAUCUUACUUAUUUAAAAUAUUUUAUCAUCGAUUGAAUUUUGUUUACCCUUUCAUUGAGUGAUAAAUUUGAUAUUUUAUUGUUUACUUAAUUUAAUUAGUUGCCUUAUUUAAGUGCUAAAAACAGGUCCAAAGGAUUUAAAGGAAUUGUAGGUAAAGUUUUACCAGGUAAAAAUUUCAGGAUAGUGAUAUUAAUGAUAUUUGGUCUUUGUUCUAGUUAUGCCAAUUAAUUUCAACCAUUAAAAGUUCCAUAUUUAUUGGAAAAGUAUGUUGUAACUUAGGAAAAUGUUUAUUUUACCAUACUCCCGAACUUGGGUGAUAGAAAGAAGUAUAAAUUACAACAUAAAACCAUCUACUUAUUUAGUCACUCCUUCAUAAUUAACAGUUUCUACAAAUUUUCAACCUAUCGUUCAAUCUCUUACGUCCAAUUUUUAAACUGUAAUAGUUUAAGGAGUUCUCGAUGAUAACUGUCUGUGUCUUUUAGUUCUGUAAAUUCUUAAAUUGUGUAUCGAUAUUUUUAUAUUUUAAAGCUGCAUACUACAUAGUACAAAAUUAUUGAAAUGGUCCUAAUAAAUAAUGAAACAUAUCUUAAUUUUUAAUGUUUCAACUUUCCGCUCACAAUAUUGUUGAGCUAUGUGAACAUUGCGUAAUCAUUAGCUUUUGUUUUUAUUUAUUUACAUUAGAUGAAGUUAAAUUUCAUCAAUAAGUUUCCUGUUCGGUUUUAAAUUUCAAUCUAUACCUUUAGUUGUAUAAUCUACUUCAUGCUACAUGUUGUUGAUGGCGUAUUCAGUUGUUGUUUGUGUUUGUUAUAGUUUUAUCCAACAAUGGUGUGAUAUUUUUGUUGUUCAUUUGUGAUCUUCAACUAUGCCUCAUGUGCAAUCUGUUUCACUGGUGUCAAUAAACAUUAUUUCAGCUA